UUCCUGAGAAGAUUGUCGUUAAGACACCGGAAGCCGGAAGUGUCUUUCAACCGGAAGACAGGCCAAGCAAGAGGCUACCCACCAGCUAACCUGCGGCCUGUGCUCCUCACCAGCGCGUCCACCCGUCAGUCCGAGUGUCUUCGCGGGACUCUUCCCAGAUUAAAGACUUCUGUAUUUGAUCUUCAGGGGACGAGAUGAGUCUUCAGUGGACGGCCGUGGCCACCUUCCUCUAUGGAGAGGUCUUCUUCGUCCUGCUGCUCUGCAUCCCGUUCAUCUCCCCCAAGAGGUGGAGUAAGAUCUUCAAGUCUCGGCUCAUCCAGACCAUCGCCAUCUAUGGGAACACCUCCUUCAUGGUGGCCAUCGCCAUCCUCGUCUUCCUGCUCAUCGACGCCGUCCGGGAGGUGAGGAAGUACAGCGUGACGGAGAAGGUGGAUCUGACCAACAACCCGACGGCCAUCGAACACAUUCACAUGAAGCUGUUCAGAGCGCAGAGGAACGAGUACAUCGCCGGCUUCGCCCUGCUGCUCUGCCUACUCCUGCGGCGUAUCGCCACCCUGCUCUCCCAGCAGGCCACGCUCAUGGCGUCCAACGAGGCCUUCAGGAAGCAGGCGGAGGGCGCCAGCGCCGCCGCCAAGAAGUACAUGGAGGAGAACGAGCUGCUACAGGAGAAACUCCAGGACGCGGGCGUGGAGGGACUGGAGGGCGGAACCAAAGGAGGCGCACAGGGGGAGAGCAAGGGUCUGAAGGAGGAGGUGAAGACACUGAAGGAGGAGCUGGAAAGCAGCAGGAAAGCUCUUCAGAAGUCUGACAGCGACGUUCAAGCGAUGAAGAAACAGGCGGAGAAUCUGACUGUAGAAUAUGACCGACUGCUGGAGGAGCACAGCAAGCUGCUGGCAACCAGCGACAAGAAGUGUGACUGAGGAAGGCGGGCCGUGUGCAGCGUCAUCGUGAUGUCACUUCCUGUCCUGCAUCAGCUGACUGAUUAUGAUUCUGAGCGAUGAAUGUUUGGACGUCUUUGUACGAGUUCAACAAGUAAUAAAUAAAGUCGAUCCUCUGCACGCGCAUGUUGGUGCUGUUGGACUCCUACAAAGUUUCGUCUUUAUGGAGACAAACGCCGACAAGUAAAUUGUCUUUUUUGGGUGUUUGUUUAUAUUUGAGUGUUUACGCUUUACUUUUGUUUUCUGCGUCUCAAGGCUUCACCUGCCUGUUAAAACUGAACUUCCUGUUCAUUGGAUGAGCAACACAGUUCUGUGACAUCACAGCAGGAAACACGUUCAUAAUGUCAUUGAAGCAAUUCGACUUUAUGAUCUCAGAAUGUUGAAGGGGAGAAACUUUUAUUUUGAAAAUCCUGUUUGUUCCUCCGGUUGAGGUUUCACUUUAAAAUCCGAUGUGUUCAGAGAGCAAAGUCAUUCCAGUCGACUUAUUGAUGAGAAGUUAUUGCUUGUGAUCGGUUGAGUCCUGUUUACGUUGUUUAUUUCUACGGUUUGUUUCCGUUUUCUCUCCUUGUUUUAAUUGUUCUGGUAACUGAAAUAAACACGCGGCACAAACUGA